AAUUCCACCAAUAUCGUAGUUCACACUUCCUGUUUUGCUUCACGUGUUUUUGGAGUUUGAAGCUAAACGAUGGUUGAUGUUCAACUCAGCGACGCAGAGAAAGUAUUUAUUUUACACGGUGUCCAAGAUAACUGUCGUGAAGAUGGCAGAGGAUGUGAGGACUACAGACAUUUAGAAAUUGAGACAAGUGUCAUGUCCAAUACGAAUGGAUCGGCUCGAGUCAGAUUGGCAAACACAGAUAUCCUGGUUGGAGUAAAAGCAGAAUUAGGGACUCCGUCCCCUGAAAAGCUUAAUAAGGGACGAAUCGAGUUCUUUGUGGACUGCUCGGCUAAUGCUACGCCCGAGUUUGAGGGCAGGGGAGGAGAGGACCUGGCCACAGAUAUCAGUAACAUGCUGUAUCGGGCUUAUGACUGCCCAAACUGUUUUGACCUACAGCAGUUGUGUGUAAUCCCUGACCAGCAGUGUUGGAUACUGUAUGUUGAUAUCCUGCUCCUGGAAUGUGGGGGUAACCUCUUUGAUGCCACAUCACUUGCAGUAAAGGCAGCACUUUUUAAUACAAGUAUACCAACAGUAACCGUUACUAAAGACGAAGGAGUGGUAGACCUAGAAAUCUCAGACGACCCGUAUGAUGUGCAGAGACUGGACAUGAAAUCCUCGCCCUGUAUUGUAACCCUCAGUAAGGUGGGCCAUUCACAUGUGGUAGAUGCCAGUCAGAAGGAGGAGUGCUGUACUUUAGCCAGGCUCAUCAUGGGAGUGACAGAAAAAGGGACAAUAACAGCUCUGAAAAAGGAGGGAUCAGGCAGUCUGGACCCCACCAGUAUAGAAGACAUGAUGGAGACUGGUAGACGGGUCGGAGAAUCUCUUAAUAAAUGUUUGAUGGACGCGUUGGCCGAGGAGGAAAGACAGGGCACCAAGAAAAAAUCACUUGGAUUUCUGAGAUAGCACAACACUGAAUGCAAAUGGAAUAAAUGAGAAGUGGCGCCAAAUGCUCACAGCUGAUUCAAUGACAGUAUAAAGUUCAGGAGGGGUUCAAAUGAAUCAUAUGUAUUGUUUGAUCGUUCAACAUCUUUAAGAUCAGAAACAUUGGAUGACAAUACAUGAGCUGCUGAAGAUGAUCUCUGUUCAGACUAGAGAUAUGAAAGUUACUGGACACAUAAUUGGUUGAAGUUAAUCAUUAUACAGAUUAAAGUUAUGGAAGUGAAAAGACAAAAUGGCUGAAUGAAGUGUGACAUCUGGUAAGAUCAGAGAUAUUGAAGUGACAAGAUGUAUAUUUGGUUAAAGUUGACCUCUGAAAGGAUUGCUAGAUAUAUGGAAGUGACAUGACAUAUGAUUGGUUGAAGUUAAUAUCUGAAAAGAUUACAAAUGGAGGCGACAGGACACAUGAUUGGUUGAAGUCGACCUCUGCUAAGGUCAGAUAUUUGGAAGUGAGAAGACAUUUGAUUGGUUGAAGUUGACCUCAACCAAGGUCAGAGAUUUGAAAGUGACAAGAAAUAUGAUUGGUUGAAAUGACCUCUACUACGGUUAUAGAUAUGGAAGUUACAAGACAUUUGAUUGGCUGAAGUUGACCUCUGCUAAGGUCAGAUAUAUGGAAUUGACAUGACAUGUGAUUGGUUGAAAUGACCACACCUGAGGUCAGAGAUAUGGAAAAUUGACUGAAGUUGACACCAAUAAAAUUUAGCAACAUGACUUACUUGUAGUUUUCU